AUGUCACUUAAAAAAGUUACAAUAAAAAGUCAUGAAAUAUCAUGGCCAAGACCACCUAUUAUUAUCGGUACUGGCCGUCUGGGUAAAGUUUAUAAAGUUCAAUAUCAAGGAAGGGAUGUUGCGAUAAAAUCUAGCAGCAAUGACAUGACAGCAAUUCUAGAAGAUUUCCACAUCUAUCAUAAACUUCGCAGAAACGAAUUCGUACUAAAAUUUCAUGGAUUCAUGCUACGAGGCGAUAAAAUAGCAUUGGUGACUGAAUAUGCAGCAAAUGGAACACUUGGUCAGUUUUUAAAAAAGAAUACGUCAAUCGGUUGGGAACUACGUGCGAAACUAUGUCAUGAUAUCGCACUGGGUCUCUUUCAAUGUCACGAAGAACGAAUCACGCAUUUCAACUUAAAACCGGAAAAUAUAUUUUUGACAACCGAUUUAACACCGAAAAUUGCCGGCUUUACAAAUAAUAAAAGUAAAAUUGACGAAGAUUUAACUGUUUUUCAGCCGAGUGGAACUAUACAUUGGGCUGCGCCGGAAGUUAUCGCUAACGAUGCUAGCAUGAAGCAAUAUUAUCAAGACAAUCCUGAACUAGCUGACAUAUACUCUUUUGGAUUGAUAAUGUGGUCAACUGCUUGUAAUGGUGCAAUUCCCUAUGAAGGUGUAUUGCGCGACAACAUUUUAGCAGAAAAAAGACAAAUCAACUCCAAUGAAUUACUUAGAAAUCAACUUUCAGCAGAUUGUCCGUUUGAAUUCGCACAAAUGUUUCUAAAACUUACUCGAUAUAAUCCACGACAACGAGCACACUUGUUAUAUGUAUUAGUUGUUCUUGAAGGCUUAUUUGAUGUGCGCACAGAUUUACAAGAUCACACAAUGAGUUUCAGUAAAUUAUCACAUAGUAAUAGUAUUAUGCGAUAUACAAGUCAAGAUGAUCUGGGCGAAAGUGCAGUAGGUCAAGAAUCAGAUACAAACAGCCAGCAUGCCUUAAUCAAUCAUAGUACCGUGCUGAAUAGUAGUCAAGCUGCUAGCAUUAAAGGACGUCAAACAGGCGUUGGUAGUUCAUACCCACAACGACCAAUCAGUCCAAUCAACACAAAUCCAAAAACAGACGCAGAGAUGCUCGACGAAGUAAUAAUAAUGUACGUCGAAGCCGAAAAAUUCGGAUUCGAUUGGCUUGCCAAAAAUCUAAAAAAAUGGGCGGAAAAUGAUGAGAAUGACCCGAAAAAGAUCUUCACGUUGUUACAGAAUGGCGGGGAACGACGGUAUCGUGAUUCCGCGAAUAAUGGUAGUACAGCAGCUAUUGAAACUUUGGCUGCUCGUAAAAAGAAAAAGAAAAAUUGGUGA